AUGGGUACACGGGGCCCUGGGACCAAUGGUGGCCGGGGUGCUGAUGUGGUACACGGGGGCAGGACCAGUGGUGGCGGGGUGCUAAUGUGGUACACGGGGCCCUGGGACAAGUGGUGGCCGGGGUGGAUGUGGUACAAGGGGCCCAAGACCAGUGGUGGGGGUGCUGAUGUGGUACACGGGGGCACGGACCAGUGGUCACGGGAUGCUGAUGUGGUACACGGGGCCCUGGGACAAGUGGUGGCCGGGGUGCUAAUGUGGUACACAGGGGCCCUGGGACCAAUGGUGGCCGGGGUGAGAUGGCACGGGGCCCGGGACAAGUGGUGGCCAAUGCAUGGCACACGGGGGCCCUGGGACCAAUGGACCAGUGGUGGCCGUGUUGUCCCAGGAACCAGUGGUGGCCGUGUUGUCCCAGGAACCAGUGGUGGCCGUGUUGUCCCAGGAACUGGUGGCCUGGUUGCCCCAGGACCAGUGGUGGCCGUGCGUCCCAGGACCAGUGGUGCCCGGGUUGCCCCAGGACCAGUGUGUGGCCGUGUUGCCCCAGGAACCAGUGGUGGCCGUGUUGUCCCAGGAACCAGUGGUGGCCGUGUUGCCCCAGGAACCAGUGGUGGCCAGGUUGCCCCAGGAACCAGUGGUGGCUAUGUUGUCCCAGAACCAGUGGUGGCCUUGGCCCCCAGGAACGUGGUGGCCAGGUUGCCCCAGGAACCAGUGGUGGCCUUGCUGCCCCAGGACCAGUGGUGGCCGUGUUGUCCCAGAACCAGUGGUGGCCGUGUUGUCCCAGGAACCAGUGGUGGCCGUGUUGUCCCAGGAAACCAGUGGUGCCUGGUUGCCCCAGGACCAGUGGUGGCCGUGUUGCCCCAGGACCAGUGGUGGCCGGCCCAGGACCAGUGUGUGGCCGUGUUGCCCCAGGAACCAGUGGUGGCCGUGUUGCCCCAGGAACCAGUGGUGGCCGGGUUGCCCCAGGAACCAGUGGUGGCUAUGUGUCCCAGGAACCAGGUGGCCGUGUUCUGGAACCAGUGGUGGCCAGGUUGCCCCAGGAACCAGUGGUGGCAGGUUGCCCCAGGAACCAGUGGUGGCCAGGCCCCAGGAACCAGUGGUGGCCAGGUUCAGAACCAGUGGUGGCCGUGUUGUCCCAGGAACCAGUGGUGGCCGGGUUGCCCCAGGAACCAGUGGUGGCGUUGCCCCAGGAAACCAGUGGUGGCUGUGCUGCCCCGGAACCACAGGUUGCCCCAGGACCAGUGUGUGGCCGUUGCCCAGGGAUCAGUGGUGGCUGCCGUUCCAGGACCAGUGUGUGGCCAGGUUUCAAACCAGUGGUGGCCAGGCCCCAGGACCAGUGGUGGCCGGGUUUCCCCAGGACCAGGCCGUGGUGUCCCAGGGAACGGUGGUGGCCAGUGGCCCCAGGACCAGUGGUGGCUGGGUUGCCCCAGGAUCAGUGUGUGGCCGUGUUGUCCAGGAACCAAUGGUGGCUGUGCGUCUUGCCAGGACCAGUGGUGGCCGAGAGCUGCCCCAGGACCAGUGGUGGCCAGGUCUCAGGAGGAACCGGUGGUGGCCAGUUGUCCCAGGAAACAGUGGUGGCCGGGUUGCCCCAGGGACCAGUGGUGGCCAGGUUGCCCCAGGACCAGUGUGUGGCCGUGUUGCCCAGGAACCAGUGGUGCCGUCCCAGGAACCAGUGGUGUGAGUUGCCCCAGGACCAGUGGUGGCUGGGUUGGCCAGGACCAGUGGUGGCCGGGUUGCCCAAGGACCAGUGUGUGGGUUGCCCCAGGACCAGUGGUGGCCGUGUUGCCCAGGGAACCAAUGGUGGCCAGGUUGCCCCAGGACCAGUGGUGCGGGUUGCCCAGGACCAGUGGUGGCCGUGUUGCCCCAGGAACCAAUGGUGGCCGGGUUGCCCCAGGACCAGUGGUGGCCGUGUUGCCCCAGGAACCAAUGGUGGCCGGGUUGCCCAGAGACCAGUGUGUGGCCAGGUUGCCCCAGGAACCAGUGGUGGCCGUGUGCCCAGGAACCAAUGGUGGCCAGGUUGCCCCAGGACCAGUGGUGGCCAGGUUGCCCCAGGACCAGUGGUGGCCAGGUUGCACCAGGACUAGUGGUGGCCGGGUUGCCAGGACCAGUGGUGGCCAGGUUCCCAGGACCAGUGGUAUCCGGGUGCCCAGGACUAGUGGUGGCCAGGUUGCACCAGGACCAGUGGUGGCCGGGUUGCCCCCAGGACUAGUGGUGGCCAGGACCAGUGGUGGCCGGUUGCCCCAGGACCAGUGGUGCGGGUUGCCCAGGACUAGUGGUGGCCGUGUUGUCCCAGGAACCAGUGGUGGCCUGGUUGCCCCAGGACCAGUGGUGGCCGUGUUGCCCCAGGACCAGUGUGUGGCCGUUUCCCCAGGAACCAGUGGUGGCCGUGUUGUUCCAGGAACCAGUGGUGGCCGUGUUGCCCAGGAACCAGUGGUGGCCGUGUUGCCCCAGGAACCAGUGGUGGCCAGGGUUGCCCCAGGAACCAGUGGUGGCCUGGUUGCCCCAGGACCAGUGGUGGCCGUGUUGUCCCAGGAACCAGUGGUGGCCGUGUUGUCCCAGGAACCAGUGGUGGCCGUGUUGUCCCAGGAACCAGUGGUGGCCUGGUUGCCCCAGGAACCAGUGGUGGCCGGGUUGCCCCAGGACCAGUGUGUGGCCGUGUUGUCCCAGGAACCAGUGGUGGCCAGGACCAGUGGUGGCUGGGUUGCCCCAGGAUCAGUGUGUGGCCGUGUUGUCCCAGGAACCAAUGGUGGCCGUGUUGCCCCAGGACCAGUGGUGGCCAGGGUUGCCCAGGGAACCGGUGGUGGCCGGUUGUCCCAGGAACCGGUGGUGGCCGGUUGCCCCAGGACCAGUGGUGGCCAGGUUGCCCCAGGACCAGUGUGUGGGCGUGUUGCCCCAGGAACCAGUGGUGGCCGUGUUGUCCCAGGAACCAGUGGUGGCCGGGUUGCCCCAGGACCAGUGGUGGCUGGGUUGCCCCAGGAACCAGUGGUGACCGGGUUGCCCAGGACCAGUGGUGGCCGGGUUGCCCCAGGAACCAGUGGUGGCCGGGUUGCCCAGGACCAGUGUGUGUGGGUGCCCCAGGACCAGUGGUGGCUGGGUUGCCCGGGAACCAGUGGCCGUGUUGCCCCAGGAACCAAUGGUGGCCAGGUUGCCCCAGGACCAGUGGUGGCCGGGUUGCCCCAGGACCAGUGGUGGCCGGGUUGCACCAGGACUGGUGGUGGCCGGGUUGCACCAGGACCAGUGGUGGCCGGUUGCCAGGACCAGUGGUAUCCCGGGUUGCCCCAGGACUAG